UUACCAAGCAUGUGUUCUGUGCAGCAGUGCAUGUAAACCUUCAGAAGAUGUUAAUUUCAGUAAAAAUCAGAUGGACCACAUCUGUAAAUCUGUUUGUCUAGCUGGCUAACUAACUGCUACAUUUAACUAAUCAGCUACAUGCAAUAUAAAAUCCACAUUUUAUCUGAAAUUAAUAUUUGCCAGGAAUGUAAAGGGUUUUCAUAUUGUCUGCUUAAAAAAGGCCUGGGUAUCCUUGAAUAAGUACUACAACGAAGGGAGGGUGGACAUCUCGUAGAACAGCCGGCUUCUGCUUAGGAUGGACGGAGACAGUUCGACCACUGAUGCUUCCCAGCUGGGCAUCACAGGAGAGUACAUGGCGGGAAGCCACUACGUGCUGCAGUCUCAGGAAGACGAUGGUGAGGAAGCGAUGAACGACCAUGAAGACGGCAACGGCAGCAAGGACAACUUCCGCGAACAGGACAUCUACCUCCCCAUCGCGAACGUGGCCCGCAUCAUGAAGAAUGCUGUUCCUCAGACAGGAAAGAUUGCGAAGGAUGCCAAGGAGUGCGUCCAGGAGUGCGUGAGCGAGUUCAUCAGCUUCAUCACCUCGGAGGCCAGCGAGAGGUGCCACCAGGAGAAGCGCAAGACCAUCAACGGCGAGGACAUCCUGUUCGCAAUGUCCACGCUGGGCUUCGACAUGUACGUGGAGCCCCUCAAGCUCUACCUGCAGAAGUUCAGAGAGGCAAUGAAAGGAGAGAAGGGCAUCACGGCUGUGUCUGUGGCCGAAGGCCUUGGGGAGGAGCUCACAGAAGACAGCGUUUUCACAAACCAGCUGCCAGCAGGACUCAUAACCGCAGACGGACAGCAGCAGAACGUGAUGGUGUACACCACCUCUUACCAACAGAUCCCUGGGGUACAGCAGAUCCAGUUCUCCUGAUCAGUCACAAGUCCCGCUCUUAACAGGGCCGUCGGGCUGAAGAGGCGGGUAGACGUGUACGGAACAAAGAGGUCAGAGGUCAACAUCAGCAGGAAAGGGAGUGAGGCAGGGAGCCAGUGGCACUCUUUCAUGUAAAUUUAAGCCCAUUUGCAAAGUUUUGUAGCGAGUUACCCUGAGGUGGGGAGUGUUCCCUGUCAGUAAAUUAGUAGGCUUUUUUUUUUUUUUUUAAAUCGAGUACUUAGUUUGUGAAUCUUUGUUUUGUACAUUACUUGUUUGGAGUUUUAUCCCGGCUUGGGAUUAGUGUGUAAUGCAGGGCCUGUACCUUUGGGGGGUGCUUGGCAGCCCCCUUUAUGUUAAAAAAAAAAAAAUUCCCUCUUUGCCUGAGCAACAGGGUACCUCUGUUUCAUAAUGAAUCAUGUUACUCUUUUUGUAAUUUGAGUAAGAAUACCAUGUGAUUUCAUGUUAAUCCUUUUAAUAAAAAUGCAAAUGUGACACU